CAUACGCAACUUGUACGCAAUACAAGAUAGACGGUACAAGAUAUUGCUAUUGGUUCAAUUAACUCAAAAUGUACCCUAAAGCUGUGUUUAGUUUCGGCGUGUUAUUCGUGAUUGUGCCUUUAGUGGUUGGCAACCCUUGGGUCCAGAGGUCGCAGCGCUCACCAGCAAUAUACACGCCUCCGAAAUCGUUCAUCCUGGAGGAGGCUUGCGUCCGUCAAGGCGGUCUCUGCCAGCCCAAGAAUGAAUGCGGGGAACUAGCUCAGAGCCAAGUUGACUUGUGUCCUUUACAGAAACACCUCGGAGUCGAGUGUUGCUACGAAUAUAAAUAAAAAUCGAGCUUCGACCCGCAAAUCUGCCUUCGCUUAGAUUUCCUUUACCUUUUAUUUAUGAAAGUUAAACUUUACAUAAUUCUAAGAAGGGGUGUGCGAAUGUUCUUUUGGUGAAUAUCGAAAUGAUUAAUUACUUUUUUUUGAAGUUUUUUUUAAAACCAGAAGCUUUUUUUAUUGUUAAAGUAACAAUAAAAAUUAUACGUAUUUAAAGGAGAAAAGGAAGAAAGAGAAGAACGAAUAAGAAUACUUAAAUUUAUUCUUAUUCUUAUUUGGUCUGACAAAUAUAUAACGACAUAUUCAAUAACAUUAUUAUAUUGUCGGCCUAUAAGUCUUGAGAUUAUAUAGAUAUGAAUCACCUGGUAUUUUAUAAUAUAGAUAAUUUUGUAAAUUUAAUAUAAUAUACUGGUGCCAUGAGCACAAUUAAUCGGUGGACAUCGAAAAGUAGGUAAAAUAUGCAUUAUUUACGAAUCUAAGGAAUUUACUGUAAAAAAUCGUGAAAAUAUUUUGUAAAUGAGAAAACGAAACGUGCUUAAUAACUACUUAUUUAUGUAUAUUCUACCCUUUAACAUUAACAAAUAUAUGUAUUCAUACAUAUUGUCCAACCGUCCAAUUUUUGCUUUACAAACGUUCUGUCAAAAGCGUGAUAAAGAAGUGUAGGCGAAUUUCAGCUAUUAUAUAUUCCGUACUCGAAAACGACUCUUGCAACUUGGAUGCAACCGAGCAAGCAACUAUUGUAUUAAGUAAAGACCAUUUCAUUCGCACAAGUACGAUGUGACGAUUUUAAGUUUUAUAUUUUUAUAUUUGUGUAGACUCAAAUAAAAGUUUUCUUUCCUUCUAUUGUAAUAACAUAAUGCCAUGUUUAACUCGACUUACGUAAGAUUGAAAAAAACAUUAGGAUCAUUCUAAUAAUACUAUGAUAUACCUACAAAUAUAAUAUAUCUUAUCGUUUGAUUAGUUAUAAGUAAUUGGACGUUACGUGUAUUCGCACACCACUAGCCUUUAGAUAAAAAUAAUCCUGAAGGUUAUUUAUUUAUUGUAUAAUUAUUAUUAUGUAAGCACUUUAUACUUAAGUACCUGUUAUAAAAUAUUUGUAAGCUGUAAGCCGUUCUGAUUUUGAAUUUUUUAUCCAUUAAAUCAGUACUUAAUGAUCGCA